CCGCUGUGCCGCAAGACGCUCGACGGGCCAUUUCACCGGGAAGGAGUUCCUCUGGUUCGGCCGGCCAGAAAGAGACGAAAGAAAAGUGUCCAAAAUGUCAGCUGUCGGCGUAUGCUCACCCUAGAGGUGCUUACCCCCUUCACAAGUGACGUAGUGGCGACGCGUACCAUCAGAGGGCAGCGAUCCCGGAAAACAGGUGACGUCUUAGUGAUGUUCGGUUCUAGUGAGUGUUAUCAGUGCGCGAAUCAGUGAGUGAGAAUUUUCGAUUGCGGAAAGCUUGUGAUUUUGCAUCAACUCUUUUGAAUGAUAAUGGAAAUCGAUGUCUUUCAAGUAAACCAAACCAUAUAAGAAGUGACUAAAUAAAAAAUAACAGUGAGUGCUAACGUGUGUGCGGUACGGUACGUUUUCCAAAGACAAGUGCAAAUAUGUGGUUGCAUGCCCGCAGUAUCUCUCGAUCGCUGUGCUCAUACCUAUCUCCUGUCAAAUGGACACUUUCCGAGAAUUGUUCCAAAGUGGCGAGGCCAGUGGCAGUGGGGGGUGGUCUGCCACCCCCCAACAUUGUCAACCCCAAAAUGCCCAUUCUCCAAUCUCCGAACCCCCACCUUUGGUGAGGAUCUCCCAUGUCACCCCCCAUGGAGUGGUACCACCUGCGGAUUCCACUAGUCCCCCUCCACCACCUCAACCUCCCCCUCCCUUAUUGCAGUACCACCUGCACGCGGCUGCUAUCAAUGCUGAGGAAGUAAAGGAAGAGAGGAAGCAGGUCAAUUCUAUCAGAGCCCAAAUCGAAAUAAUCCCUUGCAAGGUGUGCGGCGACAAAAGCAGCGGCGUGCACUACGGCGUGAUCACAUGCGAAGGUUGCAAGGGGUUCUUCCGUCGGUCGCAGUCCUCGGUGGUCAACUACCAAUGUCCAAGGAACAAGAACUGCGUCGUGGACAGGGUGAACAGGAACAGGUGCCAGUACUGCCGGCUGCAGAAGUGCCUCAGGCUUGGCAUGAGCAGGGACGCUGUAAAGUUCGGGCGCAUGUCGAAGAAGCAAAGGGAGAAAGUUGAAGACGAGGUUCGAUUCCAUCGGGCGCAGCUGAGGGCGCAGAGUGAUUCGGCGCCGGAUAGUUCAGUGUUCGAGCAGCAGACGCCAUCUAGUAGCGAUCAGUUGCAUCACAGCUAUAAUGGAGGGUACUCGUACAACAGUGACGUGGGCGCCUACAACCCCUACUACAGCAGCGGCGGAGGCGGCGCUGGCCAGACGCAAGUCGCAGCCGCCACUAGCCUACAGUACGACAUUUCUGCGGACUACGUGGACAGUACGACCGCGUACGACCCGAGACCGGGCGCAGGAACCGGACUCGACGGUUUGACGCCGGAUAGUCAGCCUAUUAUGAAUGUCGUUACUACAGGAACUAACCAACCGACUGGUAACAACGCCGACGACAGUCCAAAAGCGGCAACAGUCACUUCAGCGACCUUCAAACGACUUUCAACUAGCACCACCCCAACGGUAGUGGCGGUGAAGCAAGAGGGCGUGGCCAACACAACAGUGGAGACGCUAUAUGUGGACAGCACUACCUUCCGACAAGAAGGCGUGGCCAAUUCGGCGCAGGCGGGGCAAAGCGAAGAUUAUCCAAGUCAGAUCUCCGAACUGUUAUCCCGGACGAUAUCAGACGCGCACAGUCGUACCUGCCUGUACACCCUGGAGCACAUCCACGAGAUGUUCCGGAAGCCCCAGGACCUCAGCCGACUCCUCUUCUACAAGAAUAUGGCGCACGAGGAGCUGUGGCUGGAGUGCGCACAGAAGCUCACAACUGUCAUACAGCAGAUCAUCGAGUUUGCCAAGAUGGUGCCCGGGUUCAUGAGACUGUCGCAGGAUGAUCAAAUUGUGCUUCUCAAAGCAGGUAGUUUUGAACUUGCAAUAAUCCGCAUGAGCAGAUACCUGGAUCUGUCGCAGAGCUGCGUGCUGUAUGGUGACACGAUGCUGCCUCAGGACGCCUUCUUCACGUCGGACACAGCCGAAAUGAAGUUGGUUGCUUGCGUGUUCGAGUUGGCCAAGAGCAUCGCGGAACUUAAACUCACAGAGACGGAAUUAGCGCUGUAUUCCGCAUGCGUAUUACUGUCUCCAGAUCGACCCGGACUGAGAGGCAUGGGAGAAAUAAGUCGGUUAAGUCAGGCGGUACUGAGGGCUCUACGACUGGAACUCGACCGCAAUCAUAGUAUACCCAUCAAAGGGGAUGUUACUGUUUGUGAUGCCUUGCUUACUAAAGUAACUACGUUAAGGGAAGUAAGUAUGCUUCAUAUGGAUGCAUUGGGCAAAUUGAAAAGAUCUGCGCCACACCUGGAGUUUCCAGCAUUGCACAAGGAGCUGUUCAGCGUAGACAGCUGAAGGCCUUUCAAAUCGUUUUCGGAAAUGACUUAGCGGCAGCCUUGUGUAGCUACUUAUUCCUUUAUAAAAAGAUUGUAUCGGCCUUAAAUACAUAAAUAAUAUUAAAAGUAUAAUUUCGUUAUUAUGAGGAUAAAAAUUUAUUGUUGUGACAUAGCAGUUUAAAAAACGCAGAUCUCUAAUAUAGUAAAAACGAAGGAGAUGCAGAAGAAACGUUAGAAAAACCGCAGACCACCUCGAGCCGGGCCCUGAUUUUAAAAGUACAACUUGAUUGUUGAUUCGUGAUAUACAAGUAGAGCAUCCAUCAAAAAUUACACAUUCUUGAAGAAAAGAAUUCCGACAAAUAACCCUUGGUCUAACUUUAUCUCAAGUACCAGAAGUACAUUUUGACUUUUGAGGUCUAUAUAUUUCUUAGAUACGGGAUACAUGGUGUGGCCAUUAAUUUUCGGGAAUCUGUAAAAAGUACACGUUUCUGACAAAGUUUUACCAUUGAUAAUCUCCGUGUAGUUCUACGUAAGCAAAAAACAAAAGGAAAGCGAUUAGCUGUCAUUCUUGUAAAGUCAUUCAUUUGAUUCAAAACAUGUGAAUAUUAUUAUAUGUGAUUUUUGAUGGAUGCUUUGAGUGUGUUCCUUAGGUGCUGAUUUUGUUAUAAACAUUUCGGUUGUGCGGUUUUUUGAACGCACUGAAGAUAAAGAUAAAAAUACAUUUACGUUAAAUAUCUGCCACGUAACACGCUAUUUACGCAUUAAGAAUACAACAUAAUAAUAAAUAACACAAUUUGUUACAGGGUGAAUCACUCAAAACGUCUUUUUUAAGAGUCUUUCUUGAGAGCCUUCAGAAUAAAUACUUUUUUUUUCGUGGUAGACUUAGAGCAACAGAUUCCCAUAUAUGAUUUCUCUUGUCCUGAACCUUCCCAAUUUUCAGACAAAAAAUUAUAUGGAUGAGCUUUCGCAAAUAUUUUUGAAUCAGCCAUUUUAUUGAUUAUAAUAAUUUAAAAACGUAACUGUAAGUGAAACAUUGUAGAUCUGCACCCAAAAAAAAAGUGUUGUAUUUUUUCAUAACUUCGAGUAUAAUUAUACGUGUUGAGUAAUUCACCCCGUACAUGAGAUAUAGACAGCCACCCCCAGUUUGAAAUAGUAAGGACUUAUUUUAGUUUAAAUAAUAAGUAGACUGCGUUUAUAUACGUAUACUAAAAAGUCACCUUAGUUUUAGACUCAAUUCUAGCUAAAAGUGAAUCAAUACAAUAUAUAGAAGACUGUAUGCUUGAAUCUUUUUCGUAAGUUUUUACUAUUUUCGAACGCGUCGUGGUAAAAGAAGAGGGUAUGAAACAACAUUCUUUAUAUUUAAUUUCUUUCCCAUUUUUUUUUAAAUAUAUUUUCGAGAAUUUCAUUCUUAGCUUUUCGGUUUUAAAAUCAAUAUUAAAUGUUCGGCAAUCGAUCCAUAGUUUUUUUAUAAAACAAUAAAAAUCCAUAAUUGGAGAAAAUAUGAUAAAGGUAUUCAAUAGAAAGAUACGAUUCGUUUCUGAUAAAUUAAUAUUAAAAAAUAUUCUGUCUAUAAUGAAUGUUGUUCUAGGUACCCUUCCAACUUCUCUUCUCUUACUAGUUAAGUUUCGGUGACGACUUGAUGAUUUUAUAAAAAUACUAUAUAUAAAGAGAUGUAUAUGUAAAAAUAUAUGAAAUAGAACUAAUAGAGUAUUUAUGAGAUAGAAUUAUAUCUGACAAAACCUUGAUUUACACUACGUUGUUUUGUUGCUGACUUUUUCUUAGAAGAUCCAGUAACUCGACAAAAAUUACAGCACGUGAUAGGAAUGAAUCAGAAUCAUUGCCUAAGGUGAAAUUACAUAAACAGAUAGAUAUGCGGCGUCUCGAUUUUUGCCAGGUUUGUUCUUACAUGAAGAUUACAAUGUGUUGAGAAUGACACUCGCAUCAGUUUAUUUAAAAUUAUCAGUUUGGUUAAAAGCGAAGUUGGAAUCAUAAACACUCAAUGAUCGGGUUCUCCGAAAAUAGUUAAUUUAUACACCAUGUACAAAUCUUUAAGCAUCUUUAUUACCAUCAUCAUCAUUGUUUUCAUCAUGCUCAUCAAAACCACCUUUAUUGUUAUUGUAAUCUUGCUCGUCAUCCUCCUUAUUCUUGAUAUUAUCAUUUUUAUCUAAAACUACAUUUUUAUUAUCAUCAUUUUUAACAUCAUCACCAUCAUAUUCAUCAACAUCAUCUUCACCGUCGUUGUCGUUCUCACGUUUGAUUUAAUCUUUAUCAUCGUCAUUUCCAACAUUAUUAUCAUGUUUAUCAUCAUCAUCUUUAUAGUCGUUGCCAUCUUCACAACAACUUUCAUGUUUAUCGUUAUCUUUCACAUUUAACUACAUUUCCAUUAUUAUCAUCACCAUUGUCAUUUCAAUUAUAAUCAUCGCUCAGCAUUCGAUGAAAUCAAUCAGAACCAUAGACCAUUAGUUAUUUGUAACGAUCACCACAAUCAUUUUUGAAAAAUUAUCACCAUUAUCAUCAUUCACAUUUUCGUCAUCACCAUCAACAUUGUCAUCCCUCAAGAAUCGAUAGAAUCAGUCAGGAUCAUACAUCAUUAGUCAUUUAUCAUAGUCAUGUCAUCAUUAUUAACCGGUUAUUUUAAACAAUAUUAGAAAGUUGUGCUAUUAUAAAGUACAUAGUGGAUGUUUAUGAUUUUGACUCUAUGUUGAAGUUAAGUUAAAGUUCCUUUUUGAACAAUUUGUUCUCACUUUUCAUGCUCUUUAGUUUUGCACUUUCAAAAUGGAUCCUCAUAUGAUAUGGAUUUUGUACUUUAUUAAGUAAAACAAAAUACUGGUAGUUUAUUAUGCAUUGAGCUGAAAAUACAAUCCCAAAACAAGAUGCACAAUCAUAAUCAGUUAAUAUAAGACUCGUAAAGGAUUUCUGAAAAUUAUCCAAUUAAAUUUUAUGUUGUAUUUUCAAUUCUGUUCAAUGUAUAAAAAAUCGCAUGUUUUAUAUAUAAUAAAUUAACUAUUCACGAGCUUUGGAAAGGUAAGAAAGCACAUUUAAGAUACGUAGAGAGGUAACGAAUAGGUUUCAUUGUAAGAACAAAGCUUAGUCUGUAUAUAUGAAAAAUUAAUAAUGAUAAAAUUCGACACUAGACUGAAAUUAGUAAUAUUUCCAUUUUACCCUUUAUAUAUUUGAUUAUUCAUUAUGCAUGUUGCAGCAAGGUGAUCUUUUACAACCCUUGUGCAACUUCGUCGUAACUCAUUUAAGUGAAACAACUCGGUAGUCUGUAAUGUCUCGUCGAUACCAGUAAGAAAUGGUGAGAGUUUUUAGUUCACAUGUUUCUUAUGUAAGUGAUUGUGAUGGACAUUUUUUGUCAGAUAAAUGACAAAAAUUGUUGGUAAAGCUAUGGACAGAUGAACGAACAAAAAGCUUUGAGCUGGGUAACUUACUACUAACUUAACUACUGAACUGAAGCUUACGAAUAGAUGAGGCCGAUUUCUAAAGCUGACUCGAACUGAACGAACAGUAAGUCACCCUUAAGUAAUCCUCAAGGAGAGAUUUAACAUUUGCAUUUCACAGCAGACUGUAACAGUCGAAAUCACAGGUUUGCGAGAUUUUUAGAAUUCUCAAAAAUAUUUCAGAUUUUCAAAGUUUUAGAAAAUUUUCAGAAUCCUGUGUGCACCUAAGUCAAAUACCGAGCUGAGAUUCUAAGGUUUAUGAAAAAUUUUGACGUCUGAUACUGCCUUUCGUCGUGUGAUUCAGACUUUAGUCAGCUCUUGAAGGUUUUGGUGAUGUACAGUAUGUUACUCUGAGCCAUCACCACACUGACGAGCCCCAGAGAGUGAAACAUAUAUCUGUAGUUAAUUUAGAGCUGCUCAAUGCACUUUGCAUCUUUCUGUUUUAGUUAGCGUCUUGAAAACCUUCUCACAAAACCAAACCACUUUAAUAUCUAUUAAAAUAUCAAGAGUAGUUAUUGUAUAUCGAAUUUUCCCUGAUUACUUCAUGCACAAAUCACACAAAAGUGUCUCUAGACAGUACUAGUCACUUGACAUUAUGAAAUAUUUUGAAUUUCUAUAAAUGUGCAAGUGAUAUUUGUUAAAAGUGCAAUUUGAGAAACUUUGUUUGUAUAAUGCGUUUUGAACGUUCAUCUGUCUGUAGUUACAGAAUGUGUAGUUUUUGUAAACGGAAUAUUUCUUAUGGUACCAAAUGGUGGUGUUCAUUUUCCCUUUUUGUACAGAGUUUAUGUAAUUUCUUCUAGAAAUGCCAGAGCAUAGAUUUAAUAUUAAGUUUUUUAAUAUUAUCGUCGCUUACAGAAAUGCUAGCCGUUGCCAAUAGCGUUAAGCAUCCAAACCCAGUGUUUUAAAACUAUUUAUGAUUUUUUUUUGUUAUAUAAAUAUUAAUGUAACAUCACACUAUUGUUAUAUCUUUUUACGAAGAAGCAUAAUACUGUAUACUGUAAUUUUGUUUGUAUAGAAAUUUAUAUGCAUAUAUUAUUUAGUAUAUAAGUGUACAUUUUGACAACGGUUAGUGUUAUCAGGGCUAUUAGAUAGUUAUUGGUUUUAUAACAUCCAUGUAUAGAUCAAACAUUGAGAUGUUAGAGGAAAAACAGAGCUUCUAGAAAUCUUAUUGUUCCUAUCUAUAGAAUGUCGAUAAUAUGUAACAAUUUCUCAAACCAUUGUAAAAACUGCUGUGGAGAAACACAAAAAACACAGAAAUCCAUAUUGUCGUUUAGAUUUAAAUUAAAUGUUUUCUGUUUUUAUUUGCAUAUUCUUAUAGAAAAGUAUGUUACUUCCAGGGUCACUCAUUUGGAAAUAAAGAAUUUUAGUGUAAAAGUGUUUUAUUAUUUUUGCAAAAGUGCAACAACUUUUAUGAAUUAAAUAAUAAGUUUCAGUUGUUAUAUUAACCAAAUAAUCUUUCGCACCAUACCUUCAACAUUUAUUUAUUUAAAGUCCGCUAAAAAGCCUAUAAGUGACGAAAUCACCAAUUAACGAAAAUAGUUUUCACCAAUUUUGUUCUUCACUAACCUAUAAGAACUCUAUUCAAAAUAUACCAAUAGUACUGAUUGAAACUUCUAGUAGCAAAAACAUUUUUAUACAUUUUGUUGACAUCCUAUAAUAUCACAGCACAAACAGAUCUAACAUCUCAACAUGGCUGUGUUACAACUGAUAAUGUUUGUAAUGUGAAUUUAUGUUAACUUUUUGUUAAAUAAACUUUUAUUAGUAUUUAAUCUUUUUAUCUCUAUAUUUUAUUCCAUCCUCAACACCAAGAAUAAGUCAUUGUGCUUGGAGACAUACAUUUUGUAUUCAAAUUAUGUACAUCUAAAGCUUGAGAGAUGAAUUGAAACUUGAAAUUGCAAUUUUUGUUUGUACUGUACCGCUAGUCUUAAAUUUAGCUGGAAUAGGCUGAAUAUAUGAUUGGAAAAUUGAGGACUGCCGUUUCGGAUACUCUGCAAUUCUUAUAUAGUGUUUGUCUUGGUUUUGGGUUUUUUUUAACAUGUUUAGAUGAGUUCGAGAAAUACUUUUAGUAUGAGAAGUCUGCUAAACAUAACGACUGAUAUAUGUAUUAAAUUUUUUAACAAGAGGUUAACUGGAUGAGUAUUACAGCAGCGUAGAAUAGCCAAAUUUUUGUAAAAUUAUUUUGGGUUGGCCAGGGGUAAUGGUAUAAGCUACUGUUAAAUAAUCAUUGAUUUAAAGGAAAAAUGUUUAAAACAUAUUUCUAAUGUACCUUUGCUACAAGAGAAAGUAAAAAUGUACAUUUUUGCUUAAUUUAUUUAGAUUCCCUACUACUGGUGAAUAGCUGUAGACGUUUCUAACAUUAUUAUUUUUUGUUUAUAUAUUUUAUUUCUGUUGGUUAAUGACAAUUGUUGAUUUUUGUUAAUAUUUUUGUUAGUAACGUCCGCAAAAGCAGAUACCUGAAGACUUGAGGUUAUUAUUAUCAAAAUUUAUACCCCUUCCAUAUAUCAUAAAUAUAUGCAAGCAUUUAAUAAUUAAUAUACUCAUGUAUUGUUACAUAUAUAAAAUAAAUAGCGAUAAACAGUUCUACUAUCUAAAAAAAAAAAAAAAUAGAUUUUUUUCCACAAUGAAAAGUCUUCAGCUAUCCUUAGUCCCUUGUCCCCGAAACAUUUUUGUAUAUUUUGUUUUAUAUUUGUAUAAGGCCCUUGUUGUAAGUGCAAUCUAAUUCGGUAACAAAAAUAUUUACAAAUAUAAUCAAUUGUUUUUGCACCAGUAGGAAUUAUAUAUUUUUUUGUA